CCAUCAGUUCACUGCAAGCAGCGUUCGAACCAGCUUUCCAACAACCGUAGCAGACAACAAACAGCAGACGUCAUUUAGUGUUCGAGGUUUCAGCAGGUUGUAACGCGAGCAUUCACGCAGUAAAACGAAGUUCGCCAAAUGACAGGAAUGCAUUCAACCGUGCCAAUCAUCGUAGCAGUUUUAAUGAUGACGAUCAGCAUUGUUUCAGGUCUACAAUGCUAUUCGUGCGAAGGCCGGGAAAAUGAAAUGUGUGGCAGAGAGCCGACGCGAGCCAAUCGUAUCACGUGUGCCACCAACGAAAUGUGCAACGUUCUACGCACCGAACGUUCCGAUUUUUCCGGUAGGACAGUAACGUAUUCGAGAGGUUGUCGCCAAUCUGCUUUUGCCGGGGCGGUCGGCGGCAACGGAGUGGGCGUGUCCACUUCGUCCCAAUCGUGUUCCACCGACCUGUGCAAUACUGGAGACGGUCUUGGACCGAGCAUCAAUUUCCCCGGAUUCAACAACGGAUUCGGAUUUAACACAAACAACAACAACAAUGACGGUUUUGGAGGAUUUGCUGGUGCCGGUUUUAAUGGCGGUUUCCAUAAUGAUUUCAACCGGCAGCCGGGAAACGGCGCACCCGCAGGCACGAAGAUGAAUUAUAAUCCGUUGAUGCUUCCGUUCCUUGGUCUCCUUUCAUCCUUCCUGGGAAACAACGUUUAAAUUCAUUCGGAAACUUCCUCGUUCGUCCAUGCGUAUUUCGGAAGCAUAUUUCACCAUAUAGAUAGACGCAUUAGCUAAAGCAAUACUAGCGAAUCGAGAUACCGGUGUUUUUUUUUCCUAAUCUACAUUUUCGUGACAAUCAUCAUUUAAUAAACCUAAUUUUU